AUGGCACAAGCUUCACCAAUAGCAAUCUCACCUCCACUGCUUGCCCCUGCCGGCAGUGCGCAGUCAAGCCAAACAGCUAUUACUCCCAAGUCUUCCGGCGACCCUUUAUCCGCUAUCCCUGCAACAUCUGGCGUUACUUCUCCACUAACUUCUCUGACCUCGAAAGAAUGGGUCGUUCCACCGCGGCCAAAGCCAGGUCGAAAGCCCGCUACAGAUGCACCACCAACAAAGAGAAAAGCACAGAACCGAGCUGCUCAAAAGGCGUUUCGAGAACGCAGGGCGGCGCGGGUUGGUGAAUUGGAAGAAGAACUCAAAAAGAUUGAGAUGGAGGACGAGGAGGAAAAAAAUGCAUUGAGAGCACGAAUCGACAAACUGGACAAGGAAGUUGAGGAGUAUCGGACCAGCUUAGAUUUCUGGAUGCAAAGAUGCCGUGGACUCGAGGCUGACCUCGCCAUAGAGAGUGCGGCGAAGGAGGAAGCGCUUCAACGUUCGAAGGAAGCAACACGAGCUACAGUAGCAAGGUCUCCGAAUGAUAAAACUCAGGGUGAACUGCCGCAAGAUGGUGAUGAAGUCACGGGUUGCGGCAAUUGCUCUUCUAUCAGCAAUUGCCGCUGCAUCCAGGAGGUCAUCAACAUGCAAAGCUUGGACCCAAAUGCUCAUCACGCAGAUGUAACAUCAAAUAAGAGACCACAUUCGCCACCUCACAACCACUCAAAUUCCAAGCGCAUCAAAGCGGAACCACUUGAUGACCUCGAGACCGACUUCACAAAUUCCUUCUCCAUGCAGCAGAGCGGAAACACCAGAGAAAGUCGCACUUCACCAUCUUCCCCUUCCGCUAGUGUUGACCCCUGUGGAUUUUGUACAGAUGGUACACCCUGUAUAUGUGCUCAGAUGCAGGCAGAAGCCGAGGCCAAUAACAUCAACAGUCAUAGCAAUGACCAGCAGAGACACACCUUCGAUCAGAAUCACACUACUUCUCAAAGUCUGGAAUUAGGGUCUGAACAACAAAGCAGCUCCUCGCUCUUCCCACGCAUAUCUCAACUCUCUCACAUCACACCUCCACCAUCAGAUACAGAUGUCUCCAUCCCCAAUCCAUCAGGCUGGCAGCAGUACUCCUCUUCGUCAUCCGAUCCCUGCAUCAAUGGGCCUGGAACCUGCCUCCAAUGCCGCUCCGACCCGAACAGCACACUCUUCUGCAAAUCGCUUGCAAAAUCCCGGGAGCAGAAAGGCAAAAUUGUCUCCAUCCCCUCACACCAGCAGCAAAAUGGGUGCUGCAGUGCGAACGCCACCAACGGGAAUGCAUGCUGCCAAGCGACCGGGCCACGCCACCAAGCUGACGCUUCGAAGAGAAGCACCGCACCAACUCGAAGGACAAGAUCUUGCAAUCAAAACACCAACAGCGAAGAAGACGGAAAAGAAGAAGAAGAAAAUGUAUCCCAACUACCAACAAUAACACUCAGCUGCGCAGAUGCAUACACCACCCUCUCACGCCAUCCUGGCUACACGAAAGCGACGGGCGAGAUGGCAAGAUGGUUGCCGAGGUUACACGCCACACCAGCCAUUCCGGCUGAUCACAUUGGCUCAUCCUCUGAGUGGCAGGCCGGGUCUAACGGCAGCGCAGCAGGUGUGGACGUCAGUGUACCUGGAAAUGGAGGUGGAGGAAUAAUGGUGGAAGGCAGACCAGCACUAGAAAUCGACGCAGCAAACGUCAUGGCUGUGCUCAGAGAAUUCGAUAGGCGAUUCACUUAA